CGAAGCUCCUCCGUUCCGCCAGGGGGCGAUUCUCCCUGUUGAGGCGCGACGCCGGUGGAGUUCAAUCUGUCGGCCAUGUUGAAAUAGUCGCCGCGUCGCUGGCUCACAGUCCUGAGAGAGCGGAGGAGCUGCAGCCCGCCAUUGUGUCGAAGCUAGGCUCUGCGGAGAGACAGACAGGGGCUAACUCUCGCGUAGACCUUUUCUGACCGUUUAACAGUGCCCGUUUUAAUAGCAGCCCCAGGGGGAGAGAAAUGUCAGCCAGCAGCCUUCUCGAACAGAGACCGAAAGGCCAAGGAAACAAAGUGCAAAAUGGAGCUGUAAACCAAAAGGAUGCGCUGAAUGAUGAUGAAUUUGAGCCCUACCUGAACACUCAGGCCAGACAGAGCAAUGCCUAUACGGCCAUGUCUGACUCCUACAUGCCCAGUUACUACAGCCCUUCCAUAGGAUUCUCCUAUUCGCUGAAUGAGGCGGCAUGGUCCACAGGAGGGGACCCCCCCAUGCCUUACCUGACCUCCUAUGGACAGCUCAGCAAUGGGGAGCAUCACUUCCUGCCGGAUGCCAUGUUUGGCCAGCCGGGGGCCCUGGGGAGCAAUCCCUUCCUGGGGCAGCAUGGCUUCAACUUCUUCCACAGCGGCAUUGACUUCUCUGCCUGGGGCAGCAGCAGCUCCCAGGGCCAGUCCACGCAGAACUCGGGCUACAGCAGCAGUUACGCCUAUGCCCCCAGCUCCCUGGGGGGUGCCAUGAUUGACGGACAGUCCCCCUUCGCCGCCAACGAGCCCCUGAACAAGGCCCCCGGGAUGAACAGCCUGGAUCAGAGCAUGGCCGGGCUUAAGAUUGGCGCUGGGGACAUGGCUCCCAAGGUGGUGGGCUCAGGGCUCCCGGGGGGGGCCCUCAGCCAGGUCUCCGGGGCCCCCAGCAUGCCCCCUGCCUCGAUCACCCCAGCGAAGCCAGCCUCCUGGGCUGACAUCGCUAGCAAGCCGGCCAAGCCGCAGCCCAAGCUGAAAACGAAGGGUGGUGUGGGCGGGACUAACCUACCCCCUCCACCGAUCAAACAUAACAUGGACAUCGGCACCUGGGACAACAAGGGGCCUGUGCCCAAGGUGUCUGCUCCGCAGCAGGCUGCUAUUCCCAGCAACGGGCAGCCGCCUAACCAGGCCUCCCCUCAGCCCGGUGCCACUGCUGGGGGAGGCCCGCAGCUCCCCCUUAGCAAUGGACAGCUGGUUCCCCCUACUGGGCAGCUUGGACAGCACCAGCCACCCCCCACUCCCCAGCAGGGUUUGGCUCCGCCCCAGCUCCCUCCAGGUCCGCCCGCUCCCCAGCCGGCAGCACCCACGCGUUGGGUGCCCCCUCGUAAUCGUGCCAAUGGCUUUGGGGAUGCCGGGGGUGGGACUGGGCAGUCCCCGCCCACUUCUGAGGUGGGAGGGGUUUCAAUCCCCCCGGAGCCACACCCCGUUCUUGAGAAGUUGCGCUUGGUCAACAAUUACAACCCCAAGGACUUCGACUGGAACCCAAAGCAAGGGCGUGUGUUCAUCAUCAAGAGCUACUCGGAGGACGACAUCCACCGCUCCAUCAAGUACAACGUGUGGUGCAGCACGGAGCACGGCAACAAGCGUCUGGACGCCGCCUACCGCUCGCUGGGAGCCAAGGGGCCGCUCUACCUGCUCUUCAGUGUCAACGGCAGCGGGCACUUCUGCGGCGUGGCCGAGAUGCGCUCGCCAGUGGACUACAACACGUGCGCUGGCGUGUGGUCGCAGGACAAGUGGAAGGGCCGCUUCGACGUGCGCUGGAUCUUCGUCAAGGACGUGCCCAACAGCCAGCUGCGGCACAUCCGGCUGGAGAACAACGAGAACAAGCCGGUGACCAACUCGCGGGACACGCAGGAGGUGCCGCUGGAUAAGGCCCGGCAGGUGCUCAAGAUCAUCGCCAGCUACAAGCACACCACCUCCAUCUUUGACGACUUCUCGCACUACGAGAAACGGCAGGAGGAGGAGGAGAGUGUGAGGAAGGUGGAAGUUCAGGGAAACGACCCCUACACCAGUAACCCAAGCAGGGGCCAUUACAGACUGCAGGAUCGCCAAGGACGUGUGAAGUAAGGCGUCACCUCUGGGAAAAGACUGAGAUGCCCCCCCCCCACCCAACCUCCUCUUCCCUGACAUCAGAUCUGUUCAGAAGCUCAAAUGGGUGAAAGAUGAUAACCAAGGACAUGAAAGAAACUCAAAUGAAGACUCUCUUGAUUUCUGUUGACUUUAAAGACUUAUUUCAAACUUAUAGUAAAAAGAAUUAUUCAUAGGACUAUGAACUUAAAAGCAACUAUAGCAUCCUUAGGGGAACUGUUUUUUUUUUUGUUUUUUUUUUUUUUUUUUUUGGCCCCCUCCCCCCCUCCCCCCCCCCCCCCCCCCCCCAUUUCACUGAAUCCCCUCAUUUUCAGUUUUUAAACUUCUGUUUUUACAGUCCCAACAGCAGGCAUUUAUUACCCGCCCACUAAAGCGUGUUUUUACGUGCGGCCCGAUGGCGUGGCCAAAGGGGGCAGUUUGGUUGGUUUUUUUUUUUGCCCGUCAUCCCAUUCCUUCCCCCUCCCACACCGCCCUCCACGGAGAUUUAAUUGUCCUCACUGAAUGCGCUGUGGUGUCAUUGUGGGUAGUCUGAUCUGCCUUUCGCACGGUCAUUUCCUCAGAUCCUCCUCGGCUGUUACACCUUCCAGUCUUCAGCAAAUGAAUGUGCGGGAGGAGUUUCAGCAGUCGUUCCUUUUUUU